CUUGUUCCAACACACACCACCAACCAAAAACAAUACUCAAAACCAAAGAGUUUUUUUUUUUUUUUUCCCUUUACACAAACCAAUUUUUUUUUAUCUGCAAAAAAUGGCUGUCUUUCCUAUCAUCAACUUGGAAAACAUCAAUGGUGAUGGUAGAGCUAAGAUCUUGGAGCAAAUUGAAGAUGCCUGCCAAAAUUGGGGUUUCUUUGAGUUGGUGAACCAUGGGAUCCCACAUAAGUUUUUGGACACAGUGGAGAAGAUGACAAGAGAUCAUUACAAGAAGUCUAUGGAAGAGAGGUUUAAAGAGACUGUGCUUAGCAAGGGCUUAGAGGCUGCACAAGCUGAAGUUAAUGAUAUGGAUUGGGAAAGCACCUUUUUCUUACGACAUCUCCCGGAAUCAAACAUUUCUGAGAUGUCUGAUCUCGACGAGGAGUAUAAGAAAAUUAUGAAGGAAUUUGCAAAGAAGUUGGAGAAUCUUGCUGAGGAGCUAUUGGACCUACUAUGUGAGAAUCUUGGGUUGGAAAAGGGUUAUCUCAAGAAGGCUUUCUAUGGUUCAAAAGGUCCAACAUUUGGGACAAAGGUGAGCAAUUACCCGCCGUGUCCCAAGCCAGAUCUGAUCAAGGGUCUCCGAGCCCACACCGAUGCCGGUGGCAUCAUCCUCCUCUUCCAAGAUGACAAGGUUAGUGGCCUGCAACUUCUCAAAGAUGGCAACUGGAUCGACGUGCCCCCAAUGCGCCACGCCAUUGUUGUCAACCUUGGAGACCAGCUUGAGGUGAUCACAAACGGAAGAUACAAAAGUGUGAUGCAUAGAGUGAUAACUCAGACGAGUGGAACUGGUCGAAUGUCGAUAGCUUCAUUCUACAAUCCAGGUAGCGAUGCCGUGAUCUUCCCGGCACCGAUGCUAGUGGAGAAAGAUCAGGCUGAGGAGAAGGAAGUGUACCCCAAGUUUGUGUUUGAAGAUUACAUGAAGCUCUACAUAGGAGUCAAGUUUCAGGCCAAGGAGCCAAGAUUUGAAGCCAUGAAAGCCAAUGCUAAUUUGGGUCCAAUGGCAACAGCAUAAAAGCAAAAAUUAAAGGGGAGAAAAAAGUAAAGGCCCACUUUUAUAACAGUAAUAAAUAUUUAAAGGGCUUGUCUUUGUGUUUGCCUCGUUUAAGUGGGUUAUUGUUAUUAAUCUGGUGAAAAGUUAAAAGCAAAUAUUGGAGUAGAAGAAUAUAUUUAUGUUUGUAGCAACUAGCUAGCAAAAGUGUUGUUCCCAAUCCCAUUUUCUUUAUAAUUAAAUUCACUUUCAUCUUAACAGUCCAAUAGGGUUUCAGAGCCACAUCUCUAUAGUUUCCCAGAAAAAGUAAUCUUUUUUAAUAGAAAGUAUGCUGAAAGAUCCAAAGUUGGAUUGCUUU